AUGAACGCGACGAUAAUGAGCACCACCAGCGUGAUCGACUACGCGAGGAAGAUGAAUCAAGAGGACUCGAUGAUCCAGAAUUGCGAGGCCGAUCUACCAGUGGUCUCGCUGGUCACACAAGUACUCUAUUCCAUCGUGUGUAUCGUCGGUCUGCUUGGAAACACUCUAGUGAUUUACGUAGUUCUAAGAUUCUCCAAUAUGCAAACAGUCACGAAUAUGUACAUAGUGAACCUGGCUAUAGCCGACGAGUGUUUCCUAAUUGGUAUACCUUUCUUGGUCACUACUAUGAGUUUGCGUAGCUGGAUCUUCGGCAAGAUCAUGUGCAAAGCGUACAUGACUACGACGAGUAUCAAUCAGUUCACCAGUAGUAUCUUCCUGUUCAUCAUGAGCGCUGAUCGAUACAUCGCCGUGUGUCAUCCGAUCUCCUCUCCGAAGAUUCGUACACCGCUCAUCUCUAAAGUGGUUUCGUUGACUGCUUGGUGCACCAGUGCACUCUUCAUGAUCCCUAUAUUCCUCUACGCGAACGCAAUGGAGUCUGAUAAGGGGAUCAACUGCAACAUUUACUGGCCAACCGAUCGCGGAGGUCACACGACCUUCACGUUGUACACUUUCAUCCUAGGCUUCGCUAUUCCGCUGUUACUGAUCCUGAUCUUCUACUUCCUGGUGAUCAGAAAACUGCAGACAGUCGGUCCGAAGAACAAAUCCAAAGAGAAGAAACGAUCUCAUCGUAAGGUGACCAAAUUGGUGCUGACAGUGAUCACUGUCUACGUUCUAUGCUGGCUGCCUUAUUGGCUCAUGCAAGUAGCGUUGAUCUACACCCCACCGAAGCAAUGUCAGAGCAAGAUCACCAUCACCAGCUUCCUGCUGGCUGGUUUCCUCAGCUACAGCAACAGCGCGAUGAAUCCGAUCCUGUACGCGUUUCUCAGCGACAACUUCAAGAAGAGCUUCCUGAAGGCGUGCACCUGUGCGGCUGGAAAGGACGUGAACGCGACGCUGCACAUCGAGAACAGCGUAUUCCCGCGGAGAAACAAGGCGAACGCCGAGAGGCUUCAGUCCAAUCGACUGGCAGCCUCCGGUCAAUCGAGGCUGGAAUUGGAGGACGAGGACGCGGAGAGGGGACUUCUGAUUAGCAAAACUUCCACCACCACAGUGACCAUGACGUCACGAUCGAACAUAACCAUAGGCAACGAUCCGAAGGAUCAAGCGCAGAGGGAGAAAGACGCGUUGAAGAACGGAGCGCAGUUGACGUUGUUGACUCAGGUGUAA